GAAGCAUCGAGGAAAGAAGGGCAAGGACAGAGAGAAGGAGAAAGAGUUCUUGAAAAGCUUUCGCAAAGGUACUCGUCCUGAUGGCGAGGAGGCUGUUAAAGUAGAAGAUGGCGAGCCGAAGGCGCCGCGGCUGCCAAAACGGCCGUGCGCGCUGCUCCUUGGCUUUUGCGGGGAUGGGUACAACGGAAUGCAAAUACAACCCGAUCCGAAGCUACGCACCAUUGAAGGCGUAUUGUUCGAGGCCCUCAUCAAAGUAGGUGCGGUCUCGGAGGAUAACUCGGACAACCCAACCAAGGUCAAGCUUGCACGUGCGGCGCGCACCGACGCAGGUGUCCACGCCGCAGGAAAUGUUGUAUCUAUGAAGCUCAUCAAUGCCAUACCUGGUGUGCCAGACCUGGUCGCACGAAUAAACGAAGAACUGCCCCCAGAGAUCAGGAUUUGGAGCAUUGUGCGGGUACAGAACUCGUUCAACGCGAGAACGACAUGCGACAGUCGGAAAUAUACAUAUUUCUUUCCUUCUUACCUCAUGAUCCCUCCCAAGCCCAAUAGCGGCCUCCACAACACGCUCAAAACGCAAGGCCUUGAAUGCGCCUCGCAUUCUUUCUGGGAAAACGCAGAUCCAACAGCGACGCCACAAGACGACCUCAAGCGCAAGCGCGAGUACCGCAUCACCCCGGAGCCGCUCGCUGCGCUUCGCGAAGCCGCGAAGAAGUUCGAGGGCUCCCACAAUUUCCACAACUUCACGGUCGGACGCGACUUCCGGGAUCGCAGCUGUCAGCGGUUCUUGAAGUCGGUAGAGAUAUCCGACCCUGCGGUAUACGGCGACACAGAAUGGAUAGCCGUGCUCCUGCACGGUCAGAGCUUCAUGUUGCAUCAGCGUAAGAUGAUCUCCGCACUCGUGCUCUCAUGUCGGGCAGGCACGCCUCCCCAAUUAAUCGAAGAGCUGUACGGGCCGCGACCGGUGUUCAUUCCGAAGAUGCCGGCGCUCGGGCUGCUGCUUGAGUACCCGAUCUUCGAGAGCUACAGCAAGCGCGUGCAGGGCGUGAACGCGAAGUUGAAGGAAGACGACGCCGAGUACCGCGCGCCCAUCGACUUCGAGCUGCACCGCGCGCAGCUGGAUGAUUUCAAGGAGCACCAUAUAUACGCGAAAAUGCGCUCGAUAGAGGACCGGCAUGGCAUCUUUGAUAGCUGGAUCCGGUCCAUUGACUCGUACGCGGGCCACGAUCUCGAGUACCUCAACCCGAAGGGCAUCGUACCGCAGUCAGCCGUCAUCAAGAAGGGCGAGUUCCGCAACAACCCGUUUCGGGAGAAGAAACGAUAUGACGCAACGUCGUUCCCCGUGGGCAAGGCUGCGGCGCCCGACGCGGCCGAGGAGGAAGAGGAGAGCUCGGAGAACGAGGAGGCGUACCUCCCUCUGGAUAAGGAAGCGCUCGCAGACCUCGAAGGCUGAGCCUCAGCGUGCUCGCCGCGAGGUAUCACACUAAUGUAAUUGGAGCAGUCUCGCGCAUAUGUCAUGUCUGUAUGUCACAUUU